GCUGCAGUUCUGAAGCGGCUGAGAGAGACGCGGAUAACGCUGCAAAACCGGGAGAAAACUCCACUUUUACUCAACAAUACUGCUUUUAACUUAUAAGAAAGAAAACGCAGAAAUGCCCAGCACUCGCUCUCAAGGCAAAAUUCAGCCCACACUACCAUUCCCCCGACGCAAAUCCUGCAGAGCAUCCUCACACUGCAAGGCCCCCAACACCCCGGAGUCUCCAGCUCCGUCACCGGCCAAGCUCCAGCUGCCCGGCCCGGCCGGUGUAGGAGCCAUCGCCCCGAGAUGCCCUUCUAUCCAACCCUCCGCCCAACCCUCCCUCUUCCCUCUGUCCCCCAAGCAGCGCGGGGGGCUUUCAUCCCCCCUGUCGCCCAGACGCCCUGCAGCCCAGCUACCGCCAUCUCCUGCCUCCUCCGCCUCCCAAACCCGACUCCCCCUCAGCCCACGAAAACGCACUGGCGAUGACAACGGCUGCAACCUCGGCGCCGCCCUGCAGGGUUCCCCCCCGAAGCAAAGCAAGGCCACCCCGGCCUCGCCACGCUUCGAUGAGAACUCGCCGGUGUUGGCCCGCCGACAGCUGCUCCUGCCGUCCUCACCACCGCCGUCCUCUCCCGCCCUGAAGUUCUCCCCGAGGCGUCAGGAAACACCCACGGGGAGCCCGGCCCACCACAACCUGAAGAAGAAACCCCCUGUUACUCGCCUGUUUGCUGAAAAUUCCAGGUUUCAGUGUGUGAAGCAGGCGCUCCACACGGCCAUCCCAGAGCGCCUCUUGUCCCGGGGGGCUGAACGGACAUCCAUCCGGUCCUUCCUGGAGCAGAAGGUGCUGCAGGGUCUCCCCGGCAGCCUCUACAUCUCAGGAGCCCCCGGGACCGGCAAGACGGCCUGUCUCAACUGUGUUCUGCAAGAGAUGAAGACGGAGCUGUCGUCGGUUGAGACGGUGGUGGUGAACUGCAUGACUCUGCGGAGCUCUCACGCCAUCUUCCCUCUCCUGGCCAGCAAGCUGAACACAUCUGGUGGUCAGAAGGGCCUGCAGAGGUUCCUGACAGCCGCGGGGCCCCAAGUGCUGCUUGUCCUGGAUGAAAUGGACCAGCUCGACAGCAAAGCCCAGGAUGUCCUCUACACCAUCUUUGAAUGGCCGUAUCUUCCCAAGUCCCGCCUCUGUCUCAUUGGUAUUGCCAACGCUCUGGACCUGACGGACCGUAUCCUGCCCCGGCUGCAGGCCCGGCCUCACUGUCGCCCGCUGCUGCUCCACUUCCCUCCGUACAGCCGAGAGGAGCUCACGGCCAUCGUACAGGACCGGCUCUCGCAGGCGUCAGCUGAAGGGGUUCUGGACGUUUCCGCGGUUCAGUUCUGUGCCAGGAAAGUGUCGGCUGUGUCUGGAGACGCCCGGAAGGCUUUAGACAUCUGCAGGAGAGCAGUUGAGAUUGUGGAGUCUGACGAGAGAAAGAAAAGUUCUGAUCCAGAAAGUGAGACUAAAGUGUCUCGGGUCAGCCUCCCCCAGGUGGCCCGGGUGCUGUCGGAGGUUUACGGCGACCGCAUGGCCUCUCCGAGCGGCGGUUCGGACGGAGAAAGUUUCCCUCUGCAGCAGAAGCUGCUGGUCUGCUGCCUGCUGCUCCUCACACGCAACGGCAAGAGCAAAGAGAUCGUCCUGGGAAAGCUCCAUGAGGUGUACAGCCGCCUGUGCGCUAAGAGGCAGGUGUCUGGAGUCGGGCAGGGCGAGUGCUUAUCGCUCUGCAGUCUGCUGGAGAGUCGAGGAAUCUUCGCCCUGAAGAAAGCCAAAGAAGCUCGGCUCACUAAGGUGUGUCUGAAAAUCGAGGAGAAAGACGUAGAAAAUGCCCUGAAGGACCGAACUCUGCUGGGCAGCAUCCUCGCUGCAGGACUGCCCUCGUGAUCCACCUUUUUUCAAGUUUUUUUUUUAAAACAUUUUU